AUGUCUACGAAUACCCAGGAUUCCAUCGAUGGGAAAGCCCACAACGCAAUCGAUGUCGAGCAGCAACAGCAGACAGGCACUCUCCUAGUCCAGACUCCGAAAACACUCGGUGCCGGGUCCGCCCUCGCGCUCGGGGCAUUCGGCACCACAUUGACUACCCUCUCGUUAAGUUUGAUGGAAUGGCGAGGCGUCACGACAGACAAUGUCUUCGUUGCGAAUUUCUUCUUCAUCGCGGCAUUUGGUCUGGUGAUCACUGCGCAAUGGGAGCUGUCGAUUGGAAAUGGAUUUGCCUACACGGUUUUUAGCGCCUUUGGCCUUUUCUACGCUGGCUAUGGAGCAAUCUUGACUCCUGCGUUUGGUGUCGCGCAGGCGUACGGCGGUACUAGUUCCCCGGAGUAUAAUAACGCGGUUGGGUUCUUCAUGAUCCUAUGGACGGUGUUUGUUUUCACGUUCUUGAUCGCAUCGCUUCCCAGCAAUGUCGCCUAUAUUUUGGUAUUCCUUUUUGUUGAUCUUGGGUUCUUGACGGUCGCUGCGAGUUACUUUGCGAUGGCGGACGGCAAUGCUGCUGCGUCGGUGGCUUUGAAGAAAUCCGGGGGAGUGUUCUGUUUCUUGGCGGGGUUGAUCGGGUGGUAUAUUGUUUUCCAUCUGAUGUUGCUGGAAUCCUUGGUCGACCUGCCAUUGGGUGACACAUCACGACUUUUUGGAAAGAAAAAGCAAAAGCAGUAG